CUGGCGUAUUGCACCAGAGAUGCUUUAGAGAUCUAGCAUUUAAUCAUUUUAUUCCAAAGAAUAACGGCUAUGGCGACUAUACCAGGCCAAUUGGGUCGUGUCAGCUCCUUAUUUCCCUACGUUGAGAAAGACUGGUGGAAAGACGCUUUUAAUGAGACAUAUAUCUGGACCGACGGAGAUUGUGUGGAGGAUCCGGUCAUUACAGCAAAAGAAUGCGAUGAACUGCUGCACAUCCCCCGCAUCAAGCAACUCUUUCAAGAUGCCAGAGACUCUUCCCCAGUGCAGGUCCUGGAUCUGUGCUGCGGCCAGGGCCGGCACAGCAUCAACCUAGCGAAGCGCUUCCCAUCUGCGCACUUCCAUGGAAUUGAUCAAAGCACCUAUCUCCUCGAGCUAGCCCGUGAGCGAGCAAGGACCGAACAGGUAACCGGCAACACCAGGUUUGGAGCGGGCGAUGCGCGCCAGAUCCCUGUUGCAGGAAAUAGUUUUGAUGUGAUCAUCCUCCUUGGGAACUCCUUCGGACACGGUAGUGAACAAGACAACCUGCAAGUCACCCGGGAGGCCCACCGGGCCCUCAAACCAGGAGGUGUUUUAGUCAUUGACCAUGUGGAUGGUGAGUGGAUGCGGUCCAAUUCCACCCAGAGUGGAUGGGAAUGGCUCAAUACCGACCUUGUGACAACGGCGAACGAGCAUCUCCGCAGAAAAGCGAAUAGUAUGAAACUUCUGGCUUGUCGGGAGCGUGAACUGUCGCCAGAUAAGAAGCACCUUGCUAGCCGGGAGAUUGUGAUCGAUGUGGCAGCCCCGGCUGUGUACCAGGAUCUGUUCUAUUCCGUCCGGAUAUAUGACUUGGACGAAAUGGAGGAGCUCCUUCAUCGGGCCGGACUGUGCAUUCAGCACCAGGAUAUAAAGCAGCUCAGUGGUCCAAAGAGUGAGAUUGGUGCUGCAGAUGCGGGAAUGAUGGAGUACCGACAGUUGGUCGUUGCUUAUAAGCCAGGUGCAACAUCCGCACCACCUCCUCUUGUUCCUCAAGAUGUGAGCUUAUAUCUCCACCCACACUUGGUUCAGGACUAUGAUCCAAUAAAAGGCCGCUCAUUGCGCCUAUCAAACCCCGUUCCUGUUGGUACAGUCCUUAUGGCGGAUGCCCCAUAUGCCAUAGUUCCCGCAAACAACCCUACGACGCGCGACACUAUCAUGUGCAGCAAUAUUACUUGUCGUCGACAGGUGCCACAAGCUAUAGCCGUCCGUUGCCCCAAUACCUGCAUUGAUGAUGUUGCCUGGUGCGAUGACCAAUGUUAUACAGCAAGCCAAGAAGCCCACCACUUUGAAUGUGCGUGGCUCAAGCAACAUGGAGCCACGAUCCGCGAAAAUGAAGACGAAGACACUCUUGCUAUGCUCUGGAUCAUUAUCCGGAUGUACGCAGGGCGCCAUCGUGAGACAUGGGCUGGGACCCGCUCCCGGCCGGAUUACCCAUGGCAAGACAAGUUCCCAUAUGGGUGGAAAGCAAUGGAAGAUCUUCGCGGCAACAUGGAUCUCUGGCCACAGGCACAGCUUGACCGCUGGCGGAAACAGAUUGAAAUCUACCUUAGCGAUCAUCCCGGACUACCGGGUGUUGCGGAGGUCUUGACGCUCAUAUGUAAAGAAGAGGCUAACACCUUUGGACUUUAUCCUGGUGCCACAGGGUUGGUACCCCUGACGGGUGAGCCACAAAAGAGAGGUAUCCAAUACGGACUGGCCUGUUUCCCAAGAGCAACCAUGGCCAAUCAUUCAUGUUCGCCCAAUGUUUAUCAUGGACCAGAUGAUCGCAGUCGGAUGCUUUUUACUGCAUCAAGAGAUAUUGCCGCCGGUGAGGAAUGCUGCAUUGCUUAUUUCGAUCUGUCAAAGUAUGUGAAUUUCGAAGCAAGACAAAAACGGGUCCACGAUCUCUUUACCUUUGCCUGUACGUGCGAACGGUGCUUGAAGGAGGGCAAUGCAUGAACAGCAUCGCGUUCUCGCUCUCCUGGUAUAUAAUAAGCAACUGAUCAAAUGGCAACUGACUACUACUGAAAUUGGAUAUCAAAAAGCCUAGUCCUCAUGGAAUACUCCUAAGAGCCAUCCUCAAUUGCACUUCGUUGCUCUAACGCUUUGACAGUAUCUCAAUCGCGUAUUGGUUAAAGUAAUGCACUACAUACAUAUAGUUCCUUUAAGACAAAUACCAUGUCAAACGGCUCUACAUGACACCACACUUAUGGAGGUGGCAUGUCCAUAGACUACCUCCGUUUAAGACAAACACAC